CCGGGAGGUGAGGACGCGGACCUAGGGGGAAUCUGGACUGGGCGGCGCCGCAGGGGCUCGGUAGCCGGUGCGUCCUGCAGGGCGCGGGUUGCAGCGUCCCGGCCACCCACGCUCCCCGCGGGCGCCGUGAGCCCUCUCGUGUCCCCCGUCGGCCCAGGCCUGCCUACCCUGGCUGAGAUGGUCCCGGUUGCGCGGCGCCCCCAAGAGGAGGGAAAGUUGGAACCUGGCGGCUAGGGACUUCCCGGGGCUGGGCUGCUGGGCUCCAGGGGAAAGUGAAGCCUUAGAGGAGCUGGACGCCGGAGGCUGGAGCAGGAGGGGCUUCUGCCAAGUCUGUACGGUCUUCCCACUCCCAGACCUGGGAGGAUAAGACUCAGCCUUGCAGCAUUAGUCAGGACUGAACCGGUGGCUCUGUGUCUUCUCUCUCCAAGCUCUGACUGGUCUAAUCCAGGGCUUGUGCUUUAGAUGUUUCUUGGUGGCUUGUCUGAAAAACCUAAGUAAACAUUGGUACCUUUAAAAUACAGGAAUGAGAAGCAAGGAAGAAAGCACAUUCAUGAGAAGAUUUGAAUCACUUUGAAAUUUUAAAGAAAUGUAACAUCCUGGUCACCAGAAUGAACGAAGUGCUUCAGGGUUAGACGAUUGAUCAUACUUAGAAGAGCUGCUAUGACAACACAGGGAAGUGAAAACUAACAGAUGCAAAUGCAAGUCUUGCUAUGCACUGAAGAAACAGCAUUGUCUGUGAAGUUCUAUUUUUAAAAAUGUCUGCUUGUAACACCUUUACUGAACACGUUUGGAAACCUGGCGAAUGCAAGAAUUGCUUUAAACCUAAAAGCUUGCACCAGCUUCCUCCAGACUCUGAAAAGACACCCAACACCCACGGCAAUGUGAAAACUAAUGCCAAUCACAGUAACAACCAUCGUGUCAGGAACACUGGGAAUUUCCGGCCCCCUGUGGCUAAGAAACCCACCAUAGCUGUGAAGCCCACUAUGAUGGUGGCAGAUGGGCACAGUGUAUGUGGUGAGCUUAGCAUCCAAGAACACUGUGAGAACAAACCAGUCAUCCUGGGAUGGAACCAAAACAAGACUUCUUUGAGCCAGAAACCACUUAACAACAAUUCUGAAGGUGAUAGUGAAGGUUUUGGCUGUGUUCCUCAGCAGUGUGGCAAUAAUGACAGUGCAAAGAAGAUUCCCAGUAACAAUAAUGGACUAACUGAAGUGUUAAAGGAGAUAGCGGGUCUGGAUGCAACCCCUCAGGUAAGAGGAAAUGAAACAAACUCCAGAGAAACAUUCUUAGGAAGAAUAAAUGAUUGCUACAAACGAUCAUUGGAAAGAAAGAUCCCACCAAGUUGCAUGAUAGGGAGCAUAAAGGAUUCUCAGGGCAAGCACGUUAUUCUGAGUGGGAGCACAGAGGUCAUCAGCAAUGAAGGGGGCAGGUUCUGCUACCCCGAGUUUUCAAGUGGUGACGAGAGUGAGGAAGAUGUGCUUUUCAGGGACAUGGAAGAGGAGCAUGAGAGCUGGGAUGAGAGUGACGAAGAACUGUUAGCCAUGGAGAUUCGAAUGAGAGGGCAGCCUCGCUUUGCUAACUUCAGGGCAAACACUCUAUCUCCUGUUCGAUUCUUUGUGAGCAAAAAAUGGAAUACUAUCCCCUUACGUAACAAGUCUCUGCAGAGAAUCUGUGCUGUAGACUACGAUGACAGCUAUGAUGAAAUACUUAAUGGUUAUGGGGAAAAUUCUGGGGUCUCCUAUGGGCAAGGAAGCAUUCAGAGCAUGGUAUCAUCUGACUCCACAUCACCAGAUUCCUCUUUUACAGAAGAGUCACGUUCUGAAACAGCCAGUAGUUUAUCCCAGAAGAUUGGUAAUGGGGGGCUAUCACCUGGUGACCCAGGAGAUUCUAAAGACAUGACAGAAUCUGAGUCUAAUAACGAAAGUCCACCUGGUAAUAAUGAGGAGAAGGACUCACCACUGACUUCCAAAAGCUCAGCAAAAGUUCCAGAGACACACAAAGCAGUCCUAGCUCUACGCUUAGAGGAGAAGGAUGGCAAAAUCGCAGUACAAACUGAGAAAUCAGAAAACAAAGCCUCUACAGAUAUCGCUGGCCAAGCAGUCACCAUCAGCCUCGUCCCAGUAGAAGAACAAACAAAGCCCUACCGAGUAGUGAAUCUGGAGCAGCCGCUGUGUAAGCCAUACACUGUUGUGGAUGUGUCAGCAGCCAUGGCCAGUGAGCACCUUGGGCGCCCCAAGAUAAAAGGCUCAUCGUCUACUCCAAACUCUCCAGUAACAUCACCUGCGUUGACACCAGGACAAAUAAAUGCCCAUUUCAAAAAAUCUAGUGCAAUCCGAUACCAGGAGGUGUGGACUUCAAGCACCAGUCCACGACAAAAGAUCCCUAAAAUAGAAUUAAGUACUGGGGGAACUGGGCCAAAUAUCCCUCCAAGGAAAAACUGCCAUAAAUCAGCACCCACCUCACCCACAGCUACAAACAUUUCCUCCAAAACCAUCCCUGUUAAGUCACCUAAUUUGUCUGAAAUAAAAUUUAAUAGUUACAACAAUGCUGGGAUGCCACCUUUCCCCAUUAUCAUUCACGAUGAGCCAUCCUAUGCUCGGAGUUCCAAAAAUGCUAUUAAAGUUCCCAUUGUUAUUAAUCCAAAUGCAUAUGACAAUCUCGCCAUCUACAAAAGUUUUCUGGGAACAAGUGGAGAACUCUCAGUGAAAGAAAAAACCACAAGUGUAAUAAGCCAUACUUAUGAAGAAAUAGAAACUGACAGCAAAGUGUCUGAUAACGCCACUAGCAAGCUCCCAGACUGUCCCCAAGCUAAAGGCUUUUCCAACAGCACAGAGCGUAAAAGAGGCUCAGUAGCUCAGAAGGUUCAGGAGUUUAACAAUUGUCUCAACAGAGGUCAGUCUUCUCCACAAAGAAGCUAUAGUUCCAGCCACAGCUCCCCAGCAAAAAUCCAGAGACCCAGUCAAGAGCCUGUGUCCAAAACAGAAGGCGGACAAGGGUCUCAGGUGGCAGGCACCAGGGAGAAAGCAAGUGCCGUGCUUUGUCAGAUUGUGGCGUCUAUCCAGCCCCCCCAGACUCCUCCAGAAGCACCUCAAUCUAGCCCUAAGGCUUGCAGUGUGGAAGAGCUCUAUGCCAUUCCUCCAGAUGCAGAUGCUACAAAGAGUAUACCGAAAAAUACACCAGUCCGACCCAAAUCUCUCUUUACAUCUCAAUCUAGUGAGAAUGCUGAGGCACAUCAGACCACAGAAAACCCCACCACCAAAAUUCAGAAAGAUCCAUCCACGAAGACAGUCACUUCCCCUCCUUCCAAAUUAGUGACCAGCACCCAGAGUGAGCCACCACCUCCCUUUCCCCCACCACGGUCUACUUCCUCCCCUUACCAUGCAAGUAACCUUUUGCAGAGGCAUUUUACCAAUUGGACCAAGCCAACCAGUCCUACUAGAUCAACAGAAGCUGAGUCAAUUCUGCAUUCUGAAGGCAGCAGGAGAGCAGCUGAUGCAAAACCUAAACGUUGGAUAUCAUUUAAAAGCUUCUUCCGCCGUCGGAAAGCAGAUGAGGAAGAGGAGAAAGAGAAAGAGCGAGAGAAAGGGAAGCUGGUGGGCCUGGAUGGAACAGUCAUCCACAUGCUGCCGCCUCCUCCAGUCCAGCGCCAUCACUGGUUCACAGAGGCAAAAGGAGAGUCCAAUGAGAAGCCUGCUAUUGUCUUCAUGUACAGGUGUGACCCUGACCAAGGCCAGCUCAGUGUGGAUCAAAGCAAGGCUGGGCCAGAGAAAGGAAGAACAGAGGAUGUGUUAUUCCAGACUUCUGAAGAGAAGAAAAGUAGCCAUUCUUCUCCAUCUCAGAUUCCUGACAAAGCUUGCAGUCGCGUGACCCAUGAAGUGGCUGAGGAAUUUUCUCCUAAGGACCCAAAAACCCUUGUUGUGAAACAAGAUGGCACUUCAGUCACACCAGCAUUGCCGCCACCUGAUCUGGAAAGGGAAGAAGAAAAAGAUGACACUUCGGAUCCUCUAGACCUGAACUCCUGCAGCGCAACAUAUAGCAACUUAGGACAGUCUAGAGCAGCUAUGAUACCUCCCAAGCAUCCACGGCAUCCCAAGGGAGCUUUGGAUGAUGCCAUUGCCUUUGGAGAGAAGACAGACCAAGAAGUUUUGAAUGCUUCCCAACCCACACCACCCCCACUGCCAAAGAAAAUGAUACGAGCCAAUACAGAGCCAAUCUCCAAAGACCUUCAAAAAACCAUGGAAAGUAGUCUUUGUGUCAUGGCUAAUCCCACCUAUGAUAUUGACCCCAACUGGGAUGCCAGCAGUGCUGGGUCUUCUAUUAGCUGUGAACUCAAAGGACUGGACAUUGAGUCUUAUGACUCCUUGGAGAGACCUUUGCACAAAGAAAGACCUGUUCCUUCAGCAGCAAACAGUAUCUCCAGCUUAGCCACUCUCAAUGUUAAGGACAGAUUUUCCAACAGUAUGGAAUCCCUCUCCAGCCGACGUGGUCUCUCCUGUAGACAGGGUCGGAGUAUUCAGAAACCACAGAGACAAGCACUUUAUCGAGGACUUGAAAAUCGGGAGGAAGUAGUGGGUAAAAUCCGAAGCCUUCACACAGAUGCCUUGAAGAAACUGGCUGUUAAAUGUGAAGACCUCUUCAUGGCUGGGCAGAAAGACCAACUCCGCUUUGGAGUAGACAGCUGGUCGGACUUCAGGCUUACCAGUGACAAACCAUGCUGUGAAGCUGGAGAUGCAGUUUACUACACUGCCUCAUAUGCAAAAGAUCCACUCAAUAACUAUGCUGUCAAGAUCUGUAAGAGCAGAGCUCAGGAGUCUCAGCAGUAUUACCACAGCUUGGCUGUCCGGCAGAGUCUGGCUGUGCAUUUUAAUAUCCAGCAGGAUUGUGGCCAUUUCCUUGCUGAAGUCCCUAAUCGUCUGCUUCCCUGGGCGGAUCCUGAUGCUCCUGAAAAGGCAGAGGACGAAACUGAAAACAGUGGGGAAGAGGUGAAAGCAGAAACUGCCGGGGGAAAUCCCCAGCCCUGCUCUGAACCAGAGUCAUCCCAGACGGAGAACCAACAGGUCACGAACAGGAGGCAGAGAAGCCACGUUGUAGUCAUCACCAGAGAGGUUCCCCAUCUCACUGUGGCUGACUUUGUGCGAGAUUCCUUGGCCCAUCAUGGGAAGAGCCCUGACUUGUAUGAGAGGCAAGUGUGUCUGCUGCUCUUACAGCUAUGCUCUGGCCUUGAGCAUCUCAAGCCCUACCAUGUCACGCACUGCGAUCUGCGCCUGGAGAACUUGUUGCUUGUCCAGCACCAGCCUGCAGGAGCUGCCCAUGGCCCUUCACCUACAGACCCCUGCCCCACCUCAGCUUGUCCCACAAGGCUCAUUGUGAGCAACUUCUCUCAGGCCAAGCAGAAGAGCCAUCUGGUGGAUCCCCAGAUCCUCCGGGACCAGUCCCGCCUUGCCCCAGAGAUUAUCACAGCCACCCAAUAUAAAAAGUGUGAUGAAUUCCAGACAGGCAUCCUCAUCUAUGAGAUGCUGCACCUGCCCAACCCUUUCGAUGAGAACCCAGAGCUGAAGGAGAAGGAGUACACACGCACAGAUCUGCCUCGAAUCCCUCUCCGCUCCCCAUACUCUUGGGGCCUGCAGCAGCUUGCUAGCUGCCUCCUAAAUCCCAACCCUUCCGAGCGCAUCCUCAUUUCUGACGCCAAAGGCAUCCUCCAGUGUCUGCUCUGGGGCCCCCGUGAAGAUCUCUUCCAAACCUUCACCACCUCUACAACCCUGGUACAGAAGAACGCCUUGCUCCAAAACUGGUUGGAUAUCAAGCGCACACUGCUGAUGAUCAAGUUUGCUGAGAAGUCCCUGGACAGAGAGGGGGGAAUCAGCCUCGAGGAUUGGCUUUGUGCUCAAUAUCUGGCUUUUGCCACUACAGACUCCCUGAGUUAUAUUGUAAAAAUCCUGCAACACCGUUAAUGUGGCCUGGACAUUGUUCUUAUUCUUAAAUAUUCCCACCUUCUUCAUGUUGCCCUCAUAUCCCUGUCCUAGUACUCACUCAGAAUGCAAGGAAAGGAGAGAAGCUAACUUGCCAUCCUUGUCCUCAAGCAGAGGGGGCCAUUCAGCAAGGUCAUCCACAGCUUUUGCACAGUGAGGAGCUGAAUAUCUCCUUACUGUACAGAAAUUCAGCUGCACAGCCGUGCAGUCACCUUCCCUUGGAACAUUUGUCAUGUGAAUGGCCCCACAAAUCCGGGGUCAUAAAUGAAAUGCACAUUCAGGAAGGACCAGCUCCAGUGGAUUGAACUUAGUAAGCUGUGUCCACCUCUUCCAUAACUCUGACGCUUGCCUCUAACUAGCUAGCAGUGCACGUCUCCAACAUCCACUGUCAUCCAGUCAUGCUUGCACAGCAGCUUCCUCUUCCUUAGAGUAUCAAUGACCGCCUCUUUCCCGGGAGGACAUGCCAUGUUGCUUCUCAGCUCAGUUUUGGUCACUGGCGACAAGCCUUUGUUCUGGUGUAAAGUGAAAGGGAGGGGAGGAGAGAUUCCUGUCUGUUGGAUCAUGGGUCAUGCAUUUCCAUUUUUGUUCUCAGUAAAAAAAAAAUGUACCCUGCACAGAGAGCAACCUGACAGCCGUAACCCCACUGCCACUGCUUGGCUGUCCUCCGCCUUUACUCUGUCCCGGCCUGCUGACGUUUGGGUGGAUUUAUCACCUGCUGUUGUGGCCCAUUCCAGAGCUGACCAAAGGUGGUGUCACCGGUGCCUCAGCAGGAUGGAAUGCAGUUCAGAGUUCAUGAAUAGUUGAAAGGACAUGAGGAAAUAAUGUCUGUGUGUGCAAUUCUCCAGGGGCCCUCAGGGAACAGACUUUAAAGGUACUGCUCUUUGACCAUUGUCAGACCGAUCAGCAGGGCGGCCAGGGCUGGUGGUGCCUGAGUCAGUUUCCCCCACAAGCAGUAACUGGCCACCUCCCUUCCAUCAGUAGCCAGUAUUAACUACCCUGCCAAAGGCUGUAGACAAUAUCUCUGAAUGAAAUGGCUGUUCACUUCGCAUUAACAUGGCCUUAGAAAGCACCCCAAAGCUGGCUAGUGGAAUGGCCAGAAGAUAAGGGAGGAGGGGGAGGCCACUAGGAUGGCUGACCUGCUCCUAAGAAUGCCAGUCUCUUCCAGAAAGUGGCGCAUUGCUCCUGAGACUUUGCAGUGGCCCUGGAGCUCAGCUCACAGGAAGGCUGACGGCUGCAGUGGAUGGCUGAGAGCUGUUCCGUGGGACCUGUGCUCUCCCAUGAAUUAUGUGCAAUUUUUGUAUGUAUUUUUAAUCUGUAUAUUACAGUGUUUAUGUUGCAACUUUACCCAAGUGAGAACUACGGAAACCUUCCUUCCCAUGGCACAUACUUGCGCUAAGAAGCAAGUGUUCCUUCCACCUGUGUGUGUUUAUAUGUUCAUGCACUUGUUUUAUUCAAAACUGUGAGUAUCUGUUUACUUCAACCUUGAAAUCCCAAGAGUCACUUGAAUGGUAAGUUUGUACAUAUGUGUGCCUGUGUGCACGCACAUGCUGGAGAUAGGGGCCAGGCCUCCAGGGAAGCAAGCUGUAGCGGGGUUGACAGUACCCUGCCGGUUAGGAACCCGGGGGAGCCCUCAUCCACCAGUGCAGUUGUCUUAAAGCCAAGACUGAUUGUGCAGUAUUACUUGGGUGGCACCUUAGUGGCCUUGGAAAUUUCUAGACUUAACAUUUUUAGCAGCAGCCUUUCAUGUGAUUCACCCUUAUCAAAGAGGAUCGAAAAAGGUGAAUGUAUUUUAUUAUGCAUUUUAAAGAGAAUGAUAUGCGUGAGGCUGCAUAUGGAGGAUGGCACUGUGUCCCUGGCUAGCACUCCAACUCCCAGGAAAAAGAGCUAGUCGGCUCACAGAGAGUCUUGUCUCUUCAGGAUAGCAUGACCAUGGGUGGGCAGCCAUGAAUCACGGCUGCAUCAUGCCUGGCAGGCUGGGGUUUGAUUCAUCUUACAUAGCCCAUGUGCACAUAACUCCCUGCCUAAUAUGCACUGAACUGGCAGCAUGCAGACCACGGACCACAGCCCUUCACUUCCCACAGUGUUUGCAAAUUGAGACAUACCUUCUCAAUGUCACUCUCAUGGUGCCUUCCCAUGUAAAUCUGAAUGUUGACUAUUUAAUGAGGUUACAUAUUUAAUGCAGAAUGUGCCCUAGUCCCUCUGUUCGUUCUGUCUGUAGAUUUUUUUCUGUUAUCUGGGAUGCAGCGGUAGAACAGGCAUGCGCCCUUCGCUGCCACUGUCUCACCGUACUGGUAAACUGAGCGCUCUUCAUUCCAUGUGUCUCUUACUGUCCUAUGUCCACACCAGUGAAGGGCAAAAACGAAAGCCAGCUGACAAGAGAAGAGCCUCGGGCUUUCCCGAGACAGUGGCUGUGAGACUUGUCUCUGGGGGAUGGCCACAGAAUGUGAGGGGAAGGGAAGAGCGUGUCCUAGGGUAGGUCAGCCCAGAGACAAGAACUGUAUUUCUAGGCAGGAUGUCCAUCGGGUGGUCCUCUGAGAAUUCCUCAAAAUAAUGAAAUUCAGUCAAUAUAACUUUAUCAUAGAUACUUUAUAUUCCCAUUUUAAUUCAUUCAUUUAGAAGGAAAUUCUACCCUCUGCAGACACAUACACACAUUUUAUAUAUACAUAUAUUAUGAGUUUUGGAGUGUCACUAGUGUAGUACUUAAGGUUUUCACAAGUACCAUCUGUACUGACCAGAUAUUUUUCUUUUCUAUUAAAGUCUGUGCCAUAGAUUCUUCCAUUAUGUUGAGAGUUUGAACAACUGAGCCCCUGUUGGGACUUUUCCUUUAGCCACAUGAGCAAUCUCAGCACAUGUGAGUGCUAGAGAGACAGGACUGUGGCUGGAGCAGGCCAGAGUAGAUGUCUCUCAGAGUGCCUUGUUAGCAUAGUAACCUAGCCACUGGAAGAAGAAUCAUUUCCUGGAGAGGCCUAGGCUACCAGCAGCCUCCUGUGCCACAGAGGAGAGCCCUUUGGGGAUGUGUACACCCACAUAGUUGCAAAAGAUCACCAUAAAAGACAGCAGUUAGAUGAGCAACAAAACCUGUGGGAAAACAUCAUGAAAAUCACCAACCCCAAGGCUGAGUUAGAUUGGAAGGCAGACCGGUGGCAGUGGGAUUUGUUCUCAAGAGAUGGGCUGGAUGAGUCAUUGGAGAAUGUGCACUCAUACUCCCAAACUGCUGGUGCCGAGGGCCGAGAAGUAUAUCACUCAAAAACUGGUCAGAGCAGCCUCUCAUCAUAAGAGGAGCCAGUUCUGCCUCCGAGCUCAGGGUGUCCUCAUGAACAUGGAAAUCCAAACCUCUAGGAAGAUGGAUGCUCCUAAAAGUAAAAUCCUGCUAUCGCAAAGUCCCAUGAAUGAUCUUGAAGCCCACUAAGCAGUAGGUCGUGGAAGGAAGGCUUACACCCAGCUUUCCAAGUUUAAUUUAUCUAGUACUGGAAAAUCACCAGACAUUAGCUGGUGACCUGCAGUCAGGAUUUUCCCAUAGCUUUUACCCAGAGUGAUCUGGAAAGAUACAGGCUAGUCUCAAAAGCUGGGAUGGAUUUUGGAGGCUUCAUUAUAUUUGAAGUAAUUCUGGAUAUAUAAAGCGUAUACACACUUGGAAACAGAACAAGAGGAAUUCAGCUCCCUGGGCCAGCUCUGGCAUGCUUAUUCCCCUCGAUAGCGGGUAAGGAUUGAGAUUCUGAUCCAGCCUAAUAAGUAAAUAGGAUGGCUGCCUAUAAAACUGGGUUGUUAGAUUUACCUCAUUGAAGCUCAUAUUCUCAAAGGCCCAAAGUGCUGCGCUGAGAAACCCAAGUACUACCCCUGCUGAAGUGUGCACUGAGGUCCAUCUGCCAACACCCAACAGCAGUGCACAGGUGGGACACCGUGGACCAAAACCAGUGCCCCGAGGGAAGGCCGAAGAGCCAUAACUCGAGAUCCCAGACAGGUUAUACCAAAGAAGCCAAGCCUUUUCACCCUGCUUCUUGGGGCAGAGCUCUGGCAGAUGCCAUAGGAAGGGAGUUUCGUGUUCAGGGUAUUCAACUGGUAAAUCCAUUCUCAAAAAACAAAACACAACAAAAAAGGUUGUGUUAUUUCAGGCAGUCCGUUUGGUACAUCAGGAAAAAGAAGGUGACAAUGGCGUGGGAGCAAAGGAGUGGCAGCAGCUGGAGCAGAGAGAAGCUCUCUGGUCUCUAAGGAGGAACUCUUAACUAACUUGCUCACCAUGACUGGCUGUUGCCCAGACUGUAAGCACGGGGACACCAUGACUGUAAUAUUGAAAACUAGGGCUUGAGGUGAUUUUUUUUCUUAAUAAGAAGGUGCUUUCAAAGGAACUCUUGGGAGAUUUCUUAACACACUGUACCAUCCUAUAACCCUUCCUACGAAGGCAGUCGUCAUCAGCAUCACUGUCACCUAAUGUGUACAAGUACCCAGACUGUCCAAGGUGCUACACAGCUGUCAAACACCUACCCCUGCAGCUGUUUUAAAUCAGAGGCCUCUGCAUCAGCUGCCGCUGGAAAUUGUGCCCACUUAGAUGGGCCACAGGGGUGUGCAUUCUGAACAUCUUAUAUACAUUCCCUCUUCAAGAGCCUCUACAUCUGUCCCCACCCCCCACCCCCACCCCCAUGGUUUUCUUUACAUCAGGAAAGUUUCAGGGAAUCAAUAGAGGUUGGGGUUUUUUUUAACCCAGCAGAAUCGCAGAGUUAUAUAUUUUGCUAUGAACAUUGUUGUGGUACAGAAAAUCCACUUUGCCUGUUGGUUUGUGGCUAGUAUGUGUGUCUGCACUCUUGGUAACUCACAUGUUGAGCCUGUGGCUUCAGUGUAGUGUUGUUGAAAGGUUAACCACACAGCUUUAGGAAGCCCAUUCAAAUUGUUCCUUUCUUCCUCCCGCUCCCUCAACAAUUCUAGAGAGUUGUGUGUGAACACACUGGGCUGGGUUUUCUGUUCGUUAUCUGGAGGGUGUUUUGUUGGGAGACAGACACAGAAGCAAGAUGUCCCCUGUCUCAGUGAUUGGAUCAUGGCAGUCUUUACCUCUCUAAUUCUCCAUGACACUGCCCACACUCUGUAUUGGAAAAUCUUGUUUCUCUUCCUCCAGCGUUUUACCCCCAUGCUUACACAUUUUACAGUUGUAUAAACAAUAACAGGUCCCCUGUGUCACCAGUGGCACCGCCCUUUGGUUCGCUGUGGUACUUUGCUGUGUACUCUGUGGCCUCACGUUACUGUGUAAAUAAAUUCAGUUUAAUAUACACUAAAAAAAAAA